CAUGUUUCUCCUCAUCAUUCCUGAAACACACUCAGCGGCGGCGGGCAGAUGAGAGAGAAUCACCCCGUCACCCCGCAUCCACACCGCCACCUUCCUCCUCCUCAUCUUCACCCCAUCAUCACCACCACCAUCAUCAUCUGACGGACUGACUUCAUCCCGCUGGCAGGACUAGCUUUUUCAGGAAUUAUUCAUGGGAAAAGGACUGAGGAAAACUAAGUGACACUCAAUCGGUGCCUUUGGAGAACUUCGCUAAACUCACUUUUUGCGGAUAUAAACACAUUUUAUCCAUAUUUUCCACACAUGUAAUGCCUGAACAUAACAUUUGGGGCGCGUGUCAUGUUAUUUCUGUUGGUUUUGAGGAGAAUUUUCUUCGAGGACGAGCUAAAAUCGGCUAGCCUCCUAGCCGAACGUCUUUAUUAGCCGGAUCAUUAGCAUCAGUUAUUUUAACCCGUUAAAGUUGAACAAACUGGGAAUUUUUUUAAGUUUAUAUACUUGACAUGGUUUGACACUAGUAUUUGUUAUUAUUAAUACACGAUUUUUUGUAUUUAUAUGAGAAAAAAACAGUUAAGAGACAAUGUUUCGCGAGAAUGUUGUUAGCUGUUAGCUUGAGUAGCUACAUUAAAGGCACUUAAAUAUCUGUAAAUUAAACAAUUUUGAACCAUGUCUGGAGAAGUGCGUUUGAAAAAGCUGGAGAAACUGAUCCUGGAUGGUCCUGUCCAGUCUAAUGGACAGUGUUUUAGUGUGGAAACUCUUCUGGAUGUUCUCAUCUGCAUUUAUGAUGAGUGCAUCAACUCCCCACUCAGAAGAGAGAAGAACAUUGCUGAGUUUUUGGAAUGGGUCAAACCGUUCACCUCUAAAGUGAAACAGAUGCGAUUGCACAAGGAGGACUUCGAGAUACUGAAGGUCAUUGGUCGAGGAGCUUUCGGUGAGGUAGCAGUUGUAAAGGUGAAAAGUUCAGACAAGGUGUUUGCCAUGAAGAUCCUCAACAAGUGGGAGAUGCUAAAAAGAGCAGAGACAGCGUGUUUCCGGGAGGAACGUGACGUGCUGGUGAAUGGGGACAGUCAGUGGAUCACCACGCUGCACUACACCUUUCAGGAUGACAAUUUCCUGUACCUGGUGAUGGAUUACUACGUGGGUGGUGAUCUCUUGACUCUUCUCAGCAAGUUUGAGGACCGUUUACCAGAGGACAUGGCCCGAUUCUACCUGGCAGAGAUGGUUCUGGCGAUCGAUUCUGUGCAUCAGCUGCACUAUGUUCACAGAGACAUCAAGCCAGAUAACAUUCUCAUGGAUGUGAAUGGACACAUUCGGCUUGCAGAUUUCGGCUCCUGUCUUAAACUCAGGGAGGAUGGAACGGUGCAGUCCUCUGUGGCUGUGGGCACUCCAGACUACAUCUCUCCUGAGAUCCUGCAGGCUAUGGAGGACGGGAAAGGGAAAUAUGGCCCUGAAUGUGACUGGUGGUCACUGGGCGUCUGCAUGUACGAGAUGCUGUACGGGGAAACUCCUUUCUAUGCAGAGUCCCUGGUGGAAACGUAUGGCAAGAUUAUGAACCACAAGGAGCGGUUCCAGUUCCCUGCCAAUGUGACGGAAGUCUCGGAAAAUGCCAAAGACCUGAUCCGCAGACUCAUCUGCUGCAGAGAGCACAGGCUGGGUCAGAACGGCAUUGUGGACUUCAAACAGCACCCCUUCUUUUCCGGCAUUGACUGGCAGAACAUCCGCAACUGUGACGCCCCCUACAUCCCUGAAGUCAGCAGCCCAUCUGACACAUCCAACUUUGACGUGGAUGACGACUGCCUCAAGAAUACAGCCGAGACAAUGCCACCUCCUUCCCACACCGCCUUCUCAGGACACCAUCUCCCAUUUGUAGGUUUCACCUACACCAGCAACUGUACGCUGUCUGACCGCGGUUGCCUACGGGAGUCUGUGGCACCAACGCAGAUGGACCUGGGCGUGCAGCGAGGCCUGGAGGACAGUCUGGCUACUGAGGCGUAUGAACGGAGGAUCCGCCGUCUGGAGCAGGAAAAACUGGAGCUCAGUCGCAAACUACAAGAGUCCACAAAAGCGGUUCAGGCUCUGCAGUACUCCAGCGUGGACGGGCCCGUUUCCUCCAACAAAGAGUUUGAGAUCCGUGGACUGAAGGAGGAGAUAGAAAUGCUAAGGAAACAGAUCGCAGAUACAGGACAGGUGGAGCAGAAGUUAGAACAGGCCAGUUCUGCCCGCAGGGAUCUGGAAGACUCCUCCAAACACAUCCGAUCUCUAGAGAAACAGCUCAAGAGCAUGAAGCAGGAAAGAGAUGACCUGCAGAAGGGCCUGCAGGACUCCUCAGAGAAGCUGAAAGCUCAGGGGAAGGAGCUGAAAGAGGCAGACAGCCAGAGGAAAAUGGCCAUGCAGGAGUUUGCCGAGUUGAGCGAGAGGGUGACAGAGCUGCGGUCACAGAAACAACGACUCUCCCGACAGCUUCGGGACAAAGAGGAGGAGAUGGAUUCCCUCAAUCAGAAGGUGGAAGCGCUUCGGCUGGAUGUGCGCAAAGCUGAGCGGGCCAAGAAAGAGAUGGAGGCCCAGACUGAAGAGUGGUCUGCUGAAGCUCAGAAAGAGAAGAAGUUGAGGGAACGCAGUGAGCAGUACAGCAGACAACUGGAAGAAGAGCUGGAGGGAAUGAAGCAGAAGCAGGUGGGCCGUUCUCCAAGCGUUGGGUCCUCUGAGCAGAACCAGGAGCUCAGUAAAUUACGAGCAGACCUGGAGAAGAAGAGUCUGUUCUAUGAGGAAGAGCUGUCGCGCAGGGAACUACAACAUGGCAACGAACUGAAGAACCUGAAGAAGGAGCUGCGGGAAGCAGAGGGACAGCAGCUCACCUUGAAGAAAGAGAUCAUGAUGCUCAAAGACAAGCUUGAGAAGACCCGCAGAGAGGGUCAGAGCGAACGAGAGGAGUUUGAGACCGAGUACAAACAGAAGUACGAGAGAGAGAGAGAGCGAGUGCUGCUGUCAGAGGAGAACAAGAAACUUUCCAGUGAACUUGACAAGACGAUGUCCUCGUUUGAGAAGUUGAGCAGCAGUAACAAACAGCUGGAGGAGGAAAUGAGAGAACUGGCUGAUAAGAAAGAGAGUGUGGCCCACUGGGAGGCCCAGAUCACAGAAAUCAUUCAAUGGGUCAGUGAUGAGAAAGAUGCUCGAGGAUAUCUGCAGGCUUUGGCUACUAAGAUGACAGAAGAACUGGAAGGCCUGAGGAACACCAGUCUGGGUGCACGUGCUACUGACAUGCCAUGGAAGAUUAGACGUUUUGCUAAGCUGGACAUGUCUGCCCGUCUGGAGCUGCAGUCUGCAGUGGAUGCCGAGAUUAGAGCCAAACAAACCAUCCAGGAUGAGCUCAACAAAGUCAAGGCGUCCAGUAUGGCCACUGAGUGUAAGCUAGACGAGUUGGAAAAGAAGAACGAGGACCUGCAGGCAGAGAUCCAGAGGCUGAAACUGGAAACUGAGAAUCUGCGAUUGUCUAAAGGGGUCAAGCACCAAGACUCCCAGAAUUCCUUCCUGGCCUUCCUCAAUGCUCCGACCUCCGCCCUGGAUCAGUUUGAUUGCUCCACUGCCUGUGGGCCAUCAGGCAAAGGCAGACGUAUUGAUUCCAUCGAUAACUUCAGCCUGUCCAACACACCAUCCCGGGAGGAAGAUGGAAGAUCCCAGGUCACGUCACACUCUCACUCGCCCUCAACUACCAGCGAUUUGCAGGAGUCUCAAGAGCAGGUAGAUCAUCCACAACGAGGCGCUCAAACACCCGUUCGAUCAGGAUACAGUAGCUCUGGUCACAGCACACCUAAACCAAAGGCCCAUCAAUUCGUGGUGAAGACCUUCAGUACGGCCACUAAGUGCAACCAGUGUACUUCUCUAAUGGUGGGAAUCAUUCGGCAGGGCUGUACGUGUGAAGUCUGUAAUUUCUCCUGUCAUGUGACGUGUGCGGACAAAGCUCCUGCCGUGUGCCCGAUCCCACCGGAUCAAACCAAAGGACCGCUGGGUAUCGACCCCCAGAAGGGCAUCGGCACAGCUUAUGAGGGGCACGUCAAGGUGCCGAAACCAUUAGGUGUGAAGAAGGGGUGGCAGAGGUCCAUCGCUGUGGUCUGUGACUUCAAACUCUUCUUAUAUGAUCUCCCGGAGGGCAAAGGUGCUCAGCCCGGUGUCACAGUGAACCAGGUUAUUGACAUGAGGGACGAGGAAUUUUCAGUUAGCUCAGUUUUGGCAUCAGAUGUCAUUCAUGCGAACAGGAAGGACAUUCCCUGUAUUUUCAGGGUGACAGCGUCACAGCUCUCCUCAUCCAGCAAUAAGAAAUGUUCCAUCUUGAUCCUGGCCGACAGCGAUCAGGAAAGAACCAAGUGGGUUGGCCUGCUGAACGAGCUGCACCGCCUCUUGAAGAAGAGCAAACUUAAAGAACGCUUCGUUUACGUCCCUAAAGAAGCGUAUGACAGCACAUUGCCUCUCAUCAAAACCACACAAGCUGCUGCUAUUAUAGAUCAUGAGAGGAUAGCCCUGGGUAAUGAGGAAGGGCUGUACGUUAUUCAUGUUACCAAAGACGAGAUUGUCAAGGUAGGAGAUAAAAAGGUCCAUCAGAUUGAGCUAAUCCCAUCAGAACAGUUGAUUGCCGUGAUAUCCGGUCGAAACGGCCACGUGCGACUCUACCCAAUGACGGCCUUAGAUGACCGAGAUGCCGAAUUCUGCAAAAUAGCGGAGACCAAAGGCUGCCAAACUCUGGUUUCGGGUUCAAUCAGACACGGAUCUCACACAUGGCUUUUUGUGGCCAUGAAAAAACCUGACAAGGUGAUCAUCUACGAGCUCAUCAAGAGCAAAACACGCCAUCGGAAGCUGCGGGAUAUCAUCGUCCCAGGAUCAGUGCAGUGGAUGGGUCUCCAGGGCGACAAGCUUUGCGUGGGCUUCCAGUCCGGGUUCCUGCGCUACAACCUUCAGGGGGAUGGAGCGGUCAAUAGCCUCCUUCACCCUGACGACCACACCCUGGCCUUCAUCGAGCAUCUGAGCCUGGACGCUCUCUGCCUCGUGGAGAUCUCCAGUAAAGAGCUGCUCUUGUGCUUUAACAGUAUCGGUGUGUAUGUGGACUGCCAGGGCAGACGUUCACGACAACAGGAACUGAUGUGGCCGGCUAAGCCCACCUCGUGCCGUUAUAAUGCACCUUAUCUGUCAGUGUAUAGCGAGAAUGCAGUGGAUGUAUUCGACGUCAACACUAUGGAUUGGAUUCAAACGAUGCCUUUGAAAAAUGUUCAUCCUCUGAACGCCGAUGGCUCUCUAAACCUGCUGGGGCUGGAGACCGUACGGCUCAUCUACUUUAAAAACAAGACAGCGGAGGGAGAUGAGCUGGUGGUGCCAGAGACAUCUGAUAACAGCCGUAAACAGAUGGUGCGCAGUGUGACGAGCAAACGCCGCUUUUCUUUCCGCGUGCCGGAGGAGGAGAGAGUUCUGCAGAGGAGGGAGAUGAUGAGAGACCCAGAAAUGAGGAACAAGUUAAUUUCAAACCCAACAAACUUCAACCAUGUGGUUCAUAUGGGCCCGGGAGAUGGGAUCCAGAUCCUGAAAGAUCUGCCAAUGCCCGGUUCUCCUCUCCCCUCUCCUCAUCUGCGCCUCAUCUCCACCCCUACCAGCUUUGAGCAUGUCUAUCACAUGACACUCACCUCUGCUGACAACUUCCUGUCCCAGGACUCCUCCCCUCUCUCCUCCCACUCCCUGUCACUCAGCUCCGCCCCUGGGACCCCUGCUUCCAUCUGCUCUCUGAAUGUGCGCGCUCAGGAGAGUCGUGGUGUCCUGGGAGCAUCCGUCAGUAUCCCCUCCAUCACCAAGGCCAGGCCUGAACCGGGCCGAUCUAUGAGCGCCAGCAGUGGUCUCGGCACACGCUCCACCGCUCAAAAUGGCAGCGCAAUGAGACGGGACUUUUCGGUUGGCAACUACGGUUCCACCAAACGUCAGAUGACAUCACCCUCUGAAGGCUCGCUCUCAUCCGGAGGGGGCGUGGACUGCGGGAGUGACGCCCCUCUCUCCCAGUUUGACAGAGAGGAUUCAGAUUCGCCACGUCACUCCACGGCCUCCAACAGCUCCAACCUGAGCAGCCCACCGAGCCCUUCACCCCCACACAAGAGCAAGACUCAGUCUCUGGAGCGCGGCCAGCACCUGGGCUGGGAGACAUGAGCUCAGUCACCCACUCCUCACACGUCAUAUUCCCAAACACGCCGUCGGGGCCAGGUGUGUGUUUGUGUGCAUAUGCAUUACACACGUGAUUGUUUGACACGCACCUUACAUCCCUUUUGAGUGGACCCAUCACCACUGUUUCUGUUCCUCUGUUGGAUGGGGAACAGUCCACUGAGAGUAGCUCAUCUCUCACCGCCACAGGUGUGGAGGGGGGCCAAAAAGACAAACACACAGCUUUAACGUGAAUUUAUCAGUGUUUGUUGUCAAGUGUGCCUCAUCUAACGCAAGGGAAAAAAUAUGCAUUCAAAAGUCUUAAUGGACAGGGUGGGAUGUUACUUUAAACACAUAACACUAACACGGAAAACUGUUCCUGGCAUUCCAAUCAGUGUG